CUUUCAACCAGACACCACCCCUCUUCUUGCUCUGCUCUCCUCUCCUCUCCUCUCCCACACGCGUCCUAAAGCAAAGCAAGCUCGGCGAAAAGCAGCUCGGACGCCAUGGGCAAGGACUGCGGCAACCACGGCGAGGACGACGUCCGGCGGGCGUGCCGGCGCCUCCUGGCCAUCCUCUUCUUCCUGGCCCUGGUGGUCGCCGUCAUCGCCCUCAUCGUCUACCUGGUCCUCCGCCCCACGCACCCGCGCUUCUACCUCCAGGACGCCUCGCUCCGGCAGCUGGACGUGCUCACCGCCAACGCCUCCGCCGCCGCCGGCGUGCUCUCCACCGUGCUCCAGGUCACCGUCGCCUCCCGCAACCCCAACGACCGCGUCGGCGUCUACUACGACCGCCUCGACGUCUACGCCUCCUACAAGUACCAGCAGAUCACGCUGGCCUCCGCGCUCCCGCCGGUCUACCAGGGCCACGGCGACGUGGAGGUCUGGUCCCCGGUGCUCUCCGGCCCCAGCGUCCCCUUCGCGCCCUACCUCGCCGAUGCGCUCGCCAAGGACGUCCAGGCCGGGUACCUCAUCCUCCAGGUCAAGAUCGACGGCCGCGUCCGGUGGAAGGUGGGCAGCUGGAUCUCCGGCCACUACCACAUCUUCGUGACCUGCCCCGCCUUCCUCGUCGGCGUCGGCGGCAACGGCGCGCCGGGGGCCAGCGGGCUCAGGUUCCAGACCGCCACCUACUGCCACGUCGAGGUCUAGCCGUACGUCCGUCCGUGCUCUGCUUCUUCUUCUUCUUUUUCCUCUGCUCCGUCGUCGGCGGCGAGGUAGGUUUCUUGCGGGUGGCGCGCGCGCGUGUGCGUAGCGAAGAGCAUCAUCAAGGCUCAAGGCCAAGGGGUGGGGGUGGUACAUGGACAUGGUGGUAAUAAGUGUUAGCGUCGAGGGGUAUAGGUGUAAAAAAAGAGAAGGAAAAAUUUAGGGUGGGUUAAGUUAAAUUGAUGCUGCGAUUUACACGUAAAUUGUGUUUUGUUUGUGUUUACUUAUUAAUUGUUGGCGGACUGUUUGUUCCACGUUUAAUUGUCAAAUAUAUAUAUAAAUAUAAACUUGUUGUGAUUGAUGGAA